AUGUUCAACGACUCGGAAUCACAUAACCAUGUUCAAAUUGAAGACCUCAUCGAAAACGCAUUCGAGGAAAUCGAUCCAGCUCCCUCCUUGAUACGAAUAAUUAACAAUCACCCAGGAUACGAAGACAUCGAGUUCCUCAUCGUUGAUGCCUACAUCAGAGCCAUAGAGCGGAUGCCCUCUCGUGGAUACGCCCUCCCCAAGGCCCUCAAAAAACUCGAGGCGAUCUCCGCUGACAUAGACAAUGAUCUUGCCAGCACGGUCUACUUCAACGCGGACUUUAGCAACGUGGAGGCAAGCGAGUAUGGCCCAAAGAACAAGUUUCUGAUGCACAGCUUUAUAUCGGGCUUGUCUAUCAAGCACAACUUGGCUCAGACCACCACCAUGUACGCGUUGAUUGAAAAGGGACUCGAUCCGGACGGUGCAAGACAGAAAUGUGAAAGCUUCAGCGGGAUAACCAAUGAGAUAUUUGUGGUUGGAGCAUGUAUACAAGUUCUCCUCGCAGGUUCCGUAUUGAUUUCCGAGAGCGCUGGUCCAAAUUACCGCACGACGGCCGACAUAGUGGCUAGACAAUUAAAGAGCAGGAUGGAGGAGGGUGUGGUCAAGGAAAAGCAUGCACAUGCAGUUCUCGAGUUGGCAAUCGCCCAUGCGGACUCUGGGUUACUCGCUAAUAACGAUCGUGAUGAUGUGUGGACGCUUCUAUUUCCACCUCCUUCCACACAUUGA